AUGAAUAAAAUUUUAAAUGUCAUAUUUCAGAUUGGAGGAGAUAUUAUUUAUCUUAUAUUUACAGGAGCUAUUGCUGCAGUAUUUACUUUUAUUGAUGGAUUCCAUAUGGAAGUUCCAGGAGGAGAGAAUAAUGUAAAUGUAUUAUAUCCUUACCGAGACUCUACGUUUAGUGACCUUGUUGCUGCUAUUGUUAUUUAUGUUUCUGCUAUUAUGAUAAUAUUUGCAUUCCAAAUAAAAAGAUUAAGUUUAAGACAUUUUAUAUUUACUUAUAUUGGAUUAGGUGCUUCAGUGACUACAUGGUUAAUGUUUGUUCAAGGUGGAAAAAUAUAUGCUGGUAGACCACGUCCUAAUAUGUAUGCUUUAGUUGCACAAGGAAAAGAAAAAGAUGCUUGGAAGAGUUUCCCAUCUGGACAUUCUGCUGCAUCAUUUUGUGGAUACACUUAUCUUUCAUUAUACAUUGCAGGUGAGUUACGUAUAUUUAUUGACAGACCAGAGUUAUGGAGAAUGAUUCCAGUGAUUACCCCAUUACUUAUUGCAGGAAUUAUUGUGUUAACUAGAACAAGAGAUUAUUACCAUAACUUCAGUGAUGUUCUUGCAGGUUCGAUUAUUGGUAUUUUUUCUGCUUGUAUAGGGUAUUUUUCAAAAUUUGAAAGUCUUUUUAGUCCAAAGGCAGGUGAAAUAAGAUUUACUUGUCGUGGUCAUAAAAAGAAUAAUGAAGAUAUAUCAGAUGAAGAGAUGACCGAAAUGUCAUAA